UGCGGAAGUGCUCUUUACGUCCGGUGACGGCGGCGGUGGCGGCGGACUGGGUGUGAGUGGAGGGGUCACGUCGGUGAGCGGACAGAGAUGAAUCAGAUGUCUGGCACCGUUCUUAUUGACCGCACCAUCCAGAUGAGGAAAGAGGUGCAAACCCGGAAAGUGAUAUUGGUGUGGGGUUUGCUCAAUGUAGGCCUUGCAGGAAUGGUCUACAUGGAAAUGACUGGCAAAUUGCUGUACAAAUUCUACAAUAUCAACUACUGGCUGCUGUGGUAUAUCGAGUUUGGUCUGGUCACCCUGUUUUGCCUCAAUGCUUUAUCUGAUUUCUGGCGCUACUUCCGGAGUGCUGUUGUCCCAGCCAACCUAGUGAUGACCCCCCAACAACAAUCACUGCUGGGAAUAUUGAAUCCAGUGAUACAAACGACACCACAGAAAAAGCCAGCUACCACAUCCACCCCCAACAGUUCUCCCCCCGGUGUCACCCAGGGGCAGAGUGUUCUGUCCUACAGUCCUCAACGGCCACUUGGCUCCAGCCCCAAGUUCAGCCCUGGCUAUAUGACGGGAUUCAGCCCAACCAUGCAGACGCCUUCCAUGUCGGGAAGUGGGUCCUACCCAUCCUCUGUGAUGUACUCGCCUGGCAGCAGCUUCAACACGGGCUCCGGUUUCAGUCCUCUUCAGAAUCCCUAUUUAUGUGGUAAUAACAUCGGGAGUUCGGAGAGCUCCAGCCUGAGAACUCGUUACCGAUCUGCCCCGGCCACGUACAGCGCGCCUCUCACGCGAGAUGAGUAUGUUACGGACAUGAAAUCUCUGGAGAGUUUCCUCCGCUCCGAAGAGGAGAAGCACGGCCGCAGCCAGAUGGGAAGUUCUGACUGUUCAUCCAGCGGCAACAGUCCAAGCUUUUGGAACUACAGCCGCGGCAGUGGAGAAUAUGCACAGACACUGCGCAAGUUCCAGUACCAGCUCGCCAGCCGGUCUCAGGCCCCCUCUGCUCACAAGGAUGAUACGGAUCUGGGCUCCAAGCUACUUGCGGAAGAGGUGUGGAUCAGGUUGAAUGUGAGUCGGCAACAGCUGGAUCUUGAUUCUUGGACGGCCAACCUGAGGAAUUGGAUCAACGAAACCAUUUUGAAUCGUUUGGUCAAAGAGAUUGAUUGUGUGAAUACACAGCUAAGGAGGCUGGGAUGUCCUGAGCUGCAAGUGGGUGAGACCAGUAUCACUAGCUUAAGGCAAGCAGCCCUGGUAAGAGCUCCCCAAAUUCCAACAUUGAACAUAGUUAUCCAAUACUUGGACAUGACUUCAAAUCAAGAAUACCUGGUGGAGAGAAUCAAAGAGCUUGCUCACGGGGGCUGUAUGAGCUCUUUCCGAUGGAAUGGAGGUGGCGACUAUAAGUCUAGGAAAUGGGACACAGAUCUUCCCACGGAUUGUGCGAUUAUAAUGCACAUGUUCUGCACUUACCUUGACUCCAGGCUACCUCCACACCCUAAAUAUCCCGAUGGGAAAACUUUCACUUCCCAACAUUUCAUUCAAACUCCAGAUAAACCAGAUACCACAAAUGAGCAUUUAUUCUGUAUAUACCAAAGCAACAUCAAUCCUCCACACUGCCAGCUUAUCUACCAGGGGAAGGUGUACAGUUUGCCAAAGGACAGAAGCAACAUGUUUCACACCAUCUUGAUGUUUCUGUAUAUAAUUAAAACAAAGGAGUCAGGAAUGCUGGGGAGGGUAAAUCUGGGCUUGUCUGGAGUGAACGUUUUGUGGAUUUUUGGCGAUUCAGGAUAGAUUGCCAGGAAACAUCAUUCUCCAGUAUUAGUAUUGAGGUAAAGCAGUAAUUAAGUCUACUCGACAUCUGAAAACUACAUGGUUCACGACACAUUCUCCUUGAUCUGACACUGAUGCUUGACAGAGAUGUGCAGGACUUUGCAAAAGAAACUGAAGCCAGCCUUUUCCUUGUGACUUCAUCACGCUGCUAUCUGGCUGUGGGCCACUUGCUAAGAUUGUCUUGUCAUUUUGCCCCAGUGCCUUCUGUCCAAAUUGUUUAAAUGACAGCACUUAUUAGCAAUGAAUGGCAGCAACUAUGUACAUUUCAAGGUCUUUGAAGCAUUGUCUGUGAAUCUACAAAAUGUAACCAAAUUUUGGUGAGAGAUUGAUGUAAAUGUUGUGAAAUUCUUUGUGGAUCAGAGACACUUAUUUCUGUGCUCAUCGUUCUCUGAACAAAGUUGCUGUGGCGAUCCUGCUCUGCCUCGAAUAAUCAUGUUUCCAGUGUUGGGCCGUCUUUUUCAAGUACACACAAGCUAAGCUGGGUUUUAAGGUCAUAAUGCUCUGGGCAAUCAGAUUCUGAAAUACUGACAAAACAGUGACUGUGGGCUUAUAUUUAUGAUGCCCUGUCACAGUAUUGAUGGUGCGAAUAGAUGUUGAUGGAAGCAAAAGGCCGAUGAGUUAAAUGUGGAGGGAAGAAGGUGCGAAAAGAAAAAUAAUGUAGAGACAAAAUUUAAUUCUGAUGUGGUAUUUCUUCCAAUGUCUGCAUCCAAGUAUGUAUGGGCCUCCCAUGUCCUCUUAAUUCAGGCUUAAUAUUUUUAUGAAUUGUGAAUAAAACAUUGUUGAUAGUACUGGAGCUUCAGAGUAAGGGUUGGAAGCCUCUGUGGAUAGCUAUUCCUUGCCGCAGUGGUUUCUAUUCCUUACCACAGUGAUGAAUUGACUUUUUAUAUUACUCAUGUAAGGAAGUAUCAUUAUAUUUUGAUUGUGAAUGUAUUAAAGAUUUGUUUACCUUU